UUGUGACGUAAGUGCGCCUGUGCGUCAAACGAGGAAGUCGGAGUCGAGGUAGUUCCCCUUUACUUUAAGAGAACUAUUAGACAGCUCGGAUAAAAAAGCCCAGCCUUUAUAAGCGUCUCCCGUCUUCAAUGUUGAGUUUGUAAUCCGGUUGUAAUCUGUUGAGAAGUCGGUAAAAGGUGAAAAGCAGGCGGCGGGAUGGAUGUUGCUCACCUGACGGAGGACGAAAUGGCCGAUAUAAAGAAGGAAGCCAUAGACCGGCUGCGCCCGUACCUGGUGGACAAGAUCAUCGCGGAGCGUCACUUUGAUUACUUGCGCUCAAAGAAAAUCCUGACCAGAGAGGACACGGAGGAGAUCAGCUGCAGGACCACAAGAGGGAGACGCACCAGCAAGCUGCUGGACAUCCUGGCAGAAAACCCUCGUGGUCUAGACAUGCUCAUCGAGUCGAUCAAAUGGGGCCGAACGCUCAACUUCAUCAUCGCAAAGAUCACCGAUGAGGUGCAGCGCGUGAAGAACGAGCGGCUGGAGGCGUUAAAAGGGUCCUCAGCAAAUUCGGGCUAUUCCAGCACAAAAGGAGCCACCAAUGACUUCUCCAAAAUGGACUCGGACUAUGACAAGUACUCCACUAUAUGCUAUCACCCAGAAGGAGAAGGAAGUCCGUCGUCGUCCUCCGUCGCCACGGCAUCCUUUAACCUGCGCUUCGGCUCGGGUCGAGGGAACGAGGCGCCGUCGGUCUGCGGGGCGGCGGGGAGCGUGAACUCUGCUCUCUCAUCGAGUCUGCCUAAACCCGGAGACCCUGGAGCCCCGGCGCUACCCGAGGAGCCCGAUACGGACGCGCAGGACGUAGAUCCCGCCGUUUGCGGAAGUGCGGGAAGCAGCGGCGAUGCUAAUUUCCAGCCGCUGCGCUCGCGUUCUCUGUCGCCGAUGUCUCAGAUGUCGUAGUGCAUCCUUUCAAAACGUUUUUGACCACCGCUGUCACCCUGCAAGUCUGCAGCAGUCCAGUGUGCUUUAUUAAAACCAGUUUACGCUGAACGGUUUGUUUCUACUUGAUUGAAAUGUAUCUAAUCGUGUUUAACUGCAUUUGACUUCAUUUAGUUAACACUUCAUUUAAAGCCUUCGUAUAUAAUUGAAAAUGCAUUGAAUUGCAUAAUAUUUGAACGCUUGUGCUAUACUUUCUAAAGGUAAAUUAUUCACGAAAGCAUACCAUGUGUUAUAUCAAGGCAUAAUUCAUGCAUUGAGACUAAGGCUUCAAGUAAAGUGUUAACUCAUUUUUUUUAGCAUUAACUCAAACUGGGAGCAGGAUCGGGACAGUAGACGUUGCUUUUCAGUAAGAAGAGUGAAAUGUAAUUUUGAGUAAAAGGGAAAAACCUGUUAUGCUGACAUUUAAGUAGUUUCUAUAUUGUGUUUUUGUGGUUUUGCAAAGAGUAGAGCUUGUGGGUGGAUCUACGAUUCAAGCUUUAUAGUGUGUUGUUCCACUCGGUGAGCAAUAACGCCGUGAUAACAUCAGUGUGCACUUGUUCGCUGCAAACGAUGGCGAUGCUGACAGAAAGUGUUUUAAGCGUACGGUAAAAAAAAGUUUCUAUACUCGCCUUUAUAAGUAAACAGUUGACGAAUCUAAGCUAUAACUGGUAAAUGUAUGUGGUUACUGGUGAGAUUAAAUCUCAAUUUUGAGCAAAAGUUUACCUCAGUUUCAUCCUAUGGAUCGCUUUUUAUUGUGUAACUAAAUAUAUAUAUAUAAUUGAUGAAAUUAUUCUGAACUCGUCUGGAAAAAUCUUCACACUGUGGAGUAAAUUCCAGUUUCCCAUUAAAAGGUUGCAAUAAAACCAUUACAAAUUUC